AGAGAGAAAACUCCAGUGAUGCCAAGAAGAAGAAUUAAGUUCUCUAGUUAGACAGAAUGAAGCAACCUGUGGUACUGAUUGUUACCCGGUCUUAGUUUGGGAAGGUAUUAUCUCUGUAUGUCGGUGUCAGUGGCGCCUCCGCUAGCCUUGAAGGUAGACGUACGGUUCUCAAGCCUGGCUGAUCAGAAGGAGAGAUGAAGGUUUUCGCCGCAGCGCUCUUGCUUGCAAUGUUAACAGGACCAGUUUACUCAGAGCAUUGGGAUAAUUUGUUUGCGAACAAACAGAAGUCUCUGUUAGACUACUUUCAAAACAUCCAAAACGAUGUCAGUAAAAAUGCGGCCGGCAAUUUCCUGCACCAAAGUGUUAACCAAGGACCCCACAUCAGCUCUGGGGGUGGCUCUGCGCGGACGCAAGAAGUCAUCCAACAGGGUCAGGGUGACGUCACAGUUCAGAACGUGAUCCAGGGCCCUUCCUUUCACUACGGCGAUAAGAAGCCCACGAAGCCCCUGCAGACGCAAGCGGUGCACCAGCAAGGGAAAGGCCUGGUGGUAGUGCAGAACGUGGUGCAAGGGCCAAGCAUCCACGUGCCCAAGUUCGACUUUUUAGACAUCAAGAAGAAAUACAACUGGAUACCUUGGAAUAAAUGAGCGGCUGGUCGUGCUGACGGAAUGACGGAUGGACCGAUGGCGUUGAGAGACAAAGUGGAAUGCUUUUUUUUUUUUUUUUGGAAUUAAUUGAAAUUUCAUGUUAUUGUUUAUUGCAUGUAUCAUUUUUUUUAAAGAAGGAAAAAAAAUAGAUGACGCAGAUAAUAA